CACACUUCAAUCUCUUCCUUUUUGACAAGAAGAACCAUAUACGAUCUCAAAACCGCAAUGAGUCGCCAUAUCCCUCGACAACGUAUCCCUUCAGGAAUUGUGUUUUCGGCCCCUCUGGACCUGGAAUCAGCACCGCGAGAUAUCCAGCCAGUUAUAUUUGAUCCAAUACCGGAUCAAACACCUAAGACGAGCCAUCCUGCCUCUCACGGCAAACGCCACAUUGUACGUGACAGACAUGAAAGCGACCAUAUUGAUAGGCCGGGAAGGCCCUUCGGUGAUGGCAUCCACACAUUUUCAGCCUUUUUUAAUACUUUCGAUGAACCUCAUGUGCCGAGGAAGGACUUGCAAGACAGCGCAUUUGUGGGAGCAGACCAUCACGAGGCAAUGACUACAUUGUGUCUGCCGAUGCUGAGCGUCGACAUUGAGGUAACGGUGGACGGUACCCUGGCAUGCAGCGAGUUGACCCAGACCUUCCGCAAUCCGUCCGACACGACGAUCCGCGAAGCCAAGCAUACUUUUCCACUCUACGAGGGUGCAACCGUGACAGCAUUCGAGUGUACGAUCGGCGACGAGCAAUGCUUACGAGGGGUAGUCAAGCCCAAGGAGGAGGCAAGACAGGUCUACCACGAAGCGGUAGAGAACAAGCGAGAGACAGCAGCAUUGCUGGAGGAGCAGAGCUCAGAAAUCUUUGUGACGUCGCUGGGAAACAUUCCGCCUCUGACGGACGUCAAGAUCAAGCUGACUUACGUGCAUGAAUUGAAGGUUGUCUUGAUGACCGAGCGCAAAUCAGAGGGCAUCGCGAUCAUCAUUCCCACCUCCAUAGCGCCUCGGUACGGAGUGUCGUUCCCGUCGCAGCCGCUGAGAUUGACCGAGCUCAACUUAGUCAUCAGAGUUGCUGCCGGUAGCAUCACCGACAGUGAAGGUUGGACUGCAGAAUCACACCAUUCGAUCGAUUAUCAAGGGAGAGAACCCAUGAAACGUGUAUUUCAUGUUUCAGACGCUUCCCAGCUUCGCUUCGUCGAUGAAUCACCAUCGGCAUGCCAGCAACAGGACGUGUGGAAAUAUCAUAGUCGCGAGGCAGGCUUAGAGGGCGAUUUGGUCCUUGUGCUCCCAGUGCGAACGGGAUAUCGGGUCCAGUCCCGAGCCCUAAUCUCCCCCCCGGACUUCAACGGCUACGCAGCAAUGCAAGUCAGCUUUCGCCCUUCUGACCUCUUUGGCACUGCUGUUCGACCGAGAAGCUUCACAGGCGAGAUUAUUUUUGUACUGGACUAUUCCGGAUCCAUGCAUCUCAGUCGCCAACGACCGCAAUCGAAACUCGAGGUUUUGGGCGCGGCUAUGUCCUUAGCCUUAUGCGGUAUCCCGGAUACAUGUGCCUUCAACGUCCUCAAAUUCGGCAGCUCAACGGAGGGGCUUUGGGACGAGUCCAGGCCUCACUCGGCAGAGACAAUAGAGCUGGCUCGAGCUUACACCACUUCCCGCCCCAACCUUGGCGGCACUGAUUUAGUCCGAGCACUCAAAGCUGCCGUGAAACAUGUGGACAGUCAAAGGUCGUCUGCCCAAAUCAUCAUUAUCACGGAUGGAGAGCUUGAUCCCAUGCCGGUAGCAGAGUACCUCUCAUUAAUCCGGAAGAAGCUGGGCAACAAACUUCGGUUUUUCGCGCUGGGAAUCGGGGACCAUGUGUCUCACAGAUUGAUCGAAUGUGUGGCCGAGUUGGGUGGCGGCCUCGGCGAUGUAGUGGAUGUCGUCGCGCAACCCAAGUGGGAGAACCGCUUGAACCAUCUUGUCCGUGCAGCUCUAGAACCCGACAGUUGGAAUUGUGAGAUUAACCUGGGGCCGACAUUCGAGCGGCAGAGCCUCGCCUGCGUUCAGUCGGGGAAGGAUUAUCCCUCGUCGAUGGAAACCAAGUCCCCAACACCCUACAUACAAGCCUCAUUUCCAAUCCCGGACUUGCAUCCAUUUUCUUAUAAAACCAUUUACUUUCUUAUUUAUGCACGCAACGAAGCCUUACCCCGGGACGUCACGGUGACCUCCACCCACCCGACCGCCAAAAGCAAGUCCUACAAGCUAGCUGUGCAGAUCAGGAGCGUCAACGGAUGUUUUCCUCAUCAACUAGCCGCAAGGUCCUACUUGACAAAUCUAGAGACCUUGGCGAAACGGGAACACAGCGAUCACGGCCUAGUAAGAGCAAGUGCAGAGCAUCUGGGUCAGACCUACUCCAUCGCCAGCAAGUGGACAAGCUUCGUUACUGAGCCCCACGGUAUUGAGGACGAAUUGUCUUCUAUGGAAAGUACGGUGUAUCAAAAAAUUGCAGCACAGCUUGAUAUUGAGAAGGCAAUGAGGGACUAUGUGAUUGCUGACGAAGAAGGGGAGUUCAGAGGUUCCCAACGAGAGCGACAUUGCUCCCCGAUACGGGAUAUAGUUUGCGCCAAUUAUCCCACCACAGGUCUGUUGAGAACCGUGUUGCGUAAAAUUCUGUCGUCGAUUUGGGGACGAGGACCAAAGCGGAGAAUGACUCCUCUGUGGAAAAUGGAUAAGCUCCCCAGGCCAGUCACGAGACCCGAAGCUCUGUUGGCCGACGACUUCCAUACCAAAAACGAAGAAGAAUCAAGUCGCUCCGCCAGUACUGUGCCUUCUACGCACACAAACAGAGACCAAGAGUUUCUCACCUGGGAACACGCCGUGACAGACCAGAUGCCAAAUGGAACAUUUCGCCUUCUUGACACGGUAAGGCAGAAGCUUGGCCGACACUAUUGCCCUACCACUGCUGUCAGGAUACGGGAGAUGGUUCUUGCACUUCUUCACAGCCAAUGUCUUUCAGAUAAUCCUCUGCAAGACUGUACUGAUACGAUAAUGAUGAUAUCAUACUUUCGCACACAUAUGAGCCCCGAAGAAGAUACAUGGGGUCUGAUGAUGUCCCGCGCCGAGAGUGCACUGCUAGCCACCCUAGGUUACUCGGACGAAGAUGAGGAUCAACUGGAGCCAAUUUACGAUAUGCUACAACUCUCUAGCAUGCACCAGCACUUUCGAGGGUUUCAGCAAAGUCGGAACACGGAACUAGCAGAGCAGGCGGAGGAUGAAACAGGUACCAAUUUGAAGUGUCCUGUUUGUGAUGAGCUAUUUGGCAUGGCAGCUGGCGUUCGACGUUAUUUUUGUCCUUACGAAGAGGAUGAGGAUGGCACCGAGCUAAGUACAGAAUUACAAUGGGAUAGCUGGCUCGCGUACUGGGAUCAUCAGGUUCAGACGGGACAUGUCCUGUGUUCCAAGGUCGGGGUGUUAUCGGAUGCUUAGUGCGUCGUCGUCCAGGCAAGGCAGAUCGCUGAUCCUGCUCUAAGUUGCUAUAUUCACGAUCUGAUCAUCGGCGGAAUAGGUGAAUGACUUGAUGUAAUUUAUAGAGUUUGCUCUAUUCGUGAGUGUGGAACUCGAGAUAUUUCGCAGCGCUGGGUGACCUGAAUAUUGGUCUCAUUCUUCGAUCAAGGCAACUUGAUACUCUGCUUAACUCCUGACACAUCUCUUUUGGCACUUCCUACAGAAAAGAGUCUCUCGGAGUGACAUAUACAUAGUUCAAAACAUCCUUCCCUCGCAGUGAAAUGGACCC